CCGCCAUUGGGUGCGAUGGGGGCCGGGGCGCGGGGGCUUGUGGGAUAGCCCCGGACAGUCAGCCAUCUUCUCGGAUUGUGUGUGUGUGUUGUGUGUGUGUGUGUGUGUGAGAGAGAGAGAGUGAGAGAGAGUGUGUGUGUGUGUGUGGGGGUUUUUUUUUUCUCUCGCGGCGAAGCUUUCCGAGAGGGGGGAAAACCAGGAGGACAGAAGGAGGUGCUAGGGCAGCUGCACACAGAGUAAGAUGGCCCGUACCAAGCAGACCGCUCGCAAGUCCACUGGGGGGAAGGCCCCGAGGAAACAGCUGGCCACAAAGGCCGCUCGCAAGAGCGCUCCGUCCACCGGUGGUGUGAAGAAGCCUCACCGUUACAGGCCGGGCACAGUGGCUCUGCGGGAGAUCCGGCGUUACCAGAAAUCCACGGAGCUGCUGAUCCGUAAACUUCCGUUCCAGCGUCUGGUGCGGGAGAUCGCUCAGGACUUCAAAACCGAUCUGCGUUUCCAGAGCGCAGCCAUCGGCGCCUUGCAGGAAGCGAGUGAAGCGUACCUGGUCGGGCUGUUUGAAGACACCAACCUGUGCGCCAUCCACGCCAAGCGGGUGACCAUCAUGCCAAAGGACAUACAGUUAGCACGUCGCAUCCGUGGGGAGCGUGCUUAACCCAGCGUGGCCCCCUGGGGGGGAGGGGGAGAGCAUUCUCCUCUUUUCUACUCUCCUCUCCCCCCGAAAAAAUCCCACGCACAUUAAAAAAAAGGAAUAAUUUAAAAGUCUCUUCUUCCUUCCUGUCCUUGGUAGUGAGUGAGUGAGUGCUGCAUUACUGUUUCUUUCUGAUGGGAGAGGGGAGAUGUGGUUAUUCUGAAUGGGGACGGGGAGGGAGGGAGGGAGCUCUUUGGAAUCGGGAUAAUUGCGGAUUUCACCUCCGCGCUCUUGAAUUUUCAAAACAAUUUUUUUAAUUACAAAAAGAAAACGGCGAAGGGGGUGGGGGGGGAGGGGAGAGAAACGCCUUUCCCUUGUCAUUUUCGUCCAUGUGGCUUUUUAAACAAAAUGUUUAUUAAAGACAAUAAAAUCCACCCCCAUCCCCACCCCAAAUCGACUAUCGCCAGCAUUUUUGGGGAACUUUCUUUUAUAGUUAACCUUUCGCAACGGGGCUGCGGUCAAUCGGGAAAGCCAAAACAAGGUGUUUUAUAGUCCAUUCACCACGCAGAUCCUGUCGGUUUUUGCUUUACUUUUAUAAGGAAAUGUGUUUGGCAUAUUUAGUGAUGUUUUACAUGUUUUUGUCAGUUGGUCUGUAUGUCUGUCUGUCUGUCUAUCUGUCUACUCCAGCAAGGUUUCCUAUUAAAGUUUGUGGAAAGAAA